UACAACUGUCAAAACACUCGGCCAGCUGCUCGCUCGCUCGCUCGAGACGUGCAAUGGCGCCUUGUGACCAGGGACCGCACGACGGAGCACCUGCAGGCUCCGGUGGCGGCCCGGCCCUCAUCGUGGGCGCCACCGGCUACAUCGGUCGCUUCGUCGCCGAGGCCUGCCUCGCCAGCGGCCGCAAAACCUGCAUCCUGGUCCGCCCCGGCAACGCCUGCCCCGCGCGCGCGGCCGCCGUCGACGCGCUCCGCCAGAAGGGCGCCGUCGUCAUCGAGGGCCGCGUCAAUGGGACGGGCUCCGUCGAGGCGACGCUCCGCGCGCACGGCAUCGAGAUGGUCAUCUCGGUGAUGGGCGGCGCCAACAUCCUCGAUCAGCUCCGCCUCAUCGACGCCAUCCGGACCGCCGGCACCGUCAAGAGGUUUUUGCCGUCGGAGUUCGGGCACGACGUGGACCGGGCGCAGCCGGUGGGGGCGGGGCUAGGGUUCUACGAGGAGAAGCGGCAGGUGCGGCGGGCCACGGAGGCGUCGGGCGUGCCGUACACCUACAUCUGCUGCAACUCCAUCGCUGGCUGGCCAUACUUCGACAACACGCACCCGUCGGAGGUGCCGCCGCCGCUCGACCGCUUUCAGAUCUACGGCGACGGCACCGUCAAAGCUUUCUUCGUGGCUGGAAGUGACAUCGGCAAGUUCACGAUCAAGGCGGCGUACGACCCCCGGGGCGCCAACAAGGCCGUUCACUUCCGCCCCGCCUGUAACCUCCUGAGCACCAACGAGAUGGCGUCCCUGUGGGAGUGCAAGAUCGGCCGGACGCUGCCGCGCGUGACGCUCAGCGAGGACGACCUGCUCGCCAUGGCUGCAGACAACAUCAUCCCGGCGAGCAUCGUCGCCUCACUGACGCACGACAUAUUUAUCAACGGCUGCCAGACAAGUUUCCCCAUAGACGGGUGCAGAGAUAUUGAGAUUUCCAGCCUCUACCCUGACAUUCCCUUCAGGACCAUAGACGAAUGCUUCGACGACUACGCCAAGGGCCUCCGUCUGGAGGGCGAAGCUGAAGGGAACAAGAACGUCAACGUGCCCACGGUGGAGAGACUGGAGGUGCCACCUUCAUGUGCUUAUGAGCUCCAGACAAGCGAAGCCUGGAAGGCUGGAGCAUGAUGUACCUACGCCUUCCCAUGUUUCUCUUUCUACUGCGCAUGUACUGUGCUAUUGUCAAGUUGGAUUGUUUGUGUUGAAUAACCGAGCCCACCAAGGAAUCAGCCCCUUGGCCUCAUGCACGCAUGGGGUGCGCGGCUCUCCCUCCGUGUCCAGUUAGGUGUGGGCUGGUACCGAAUCAACUUGCCCCAAGCAAGGGAUGCCUAGUUUCUUGUACGUACCCCAUUGUAAAAGAUGCUCUGAAAUAAUGAAAUAAAGAAGCGU